AUGAACUAUCAGGAUCACGCAACCAAAUAUUUAUAUCUUCGACCACUUACUUCAAAACGAGCCACCGAAGUUGCACACGAACUUUUAAAAAAUUUUUUGGAACAAGGAGCACCUCAAAUACUUCAGUCUGAUAAUGGGCGAGAAUUUACAGCAAAAAUAAUUGAAGAAUUGGCAGAAUUGUGGCCUGAAUGUAAAAUAGUACAUGGGCGGCCACAGCACCCUCAGAGUCAGGGAUCUGUAGAAAGAUCAAAUCAAGAUGUUGAAAACAUGUUACGAGCUUGGGUCGUAGACAAUAAAAGUACCAAGUGGUCAAUCGGAGUUUAUUUUGUACAAUGGCAAAAAAACAUUUCACAUCAUCGAAUUUUAGGUCGUUUGCCUAUCGAGCCUUGUUUGGCAUUGAACCGAAGAAAUUUUAAAGAAGUGUCGUACAACAAACUAUUAGACAACUUACACAUGUUAGAUUUGCCAGGAUCACUUGAUUCUUUGAAAAAAAAAAUAAAAAGUUUACGUGAUACCUACCGCAAGGAAUUGCAAAAGGUUCAAAAAUCAAAAAAAAGUGGUGCCGGUGCAAAUGAUGUAUACAAGCCAAAGCUUGCAUGGUUUUCUUCAGCUGAAGUAUUCUGGAAACGAUCUAUCAUAGGAAGAGAAUCGUUUUCAAAUUUGAAUGUAGAAGAAAUUUAA